AUGGCUGAAGGCGAUAAUAUAUCAACGUUUAGCGCGGAUGGCGGUCAGGAUACGGUUGGUCUGCCCCGAAUUGUUAUGGUCACUGAAGGAUCGGAUACUUCAGCCUCUUCACCCUCAUCGACUUCCUCAUCUGAAGAUAAUUGGGCGGACCUAAUAAAAUCAACAGAAAUCCCUCCCGAAUACUGGCACAUACAGAAACUGGUGAAAUAUAUGAAAGCGGGCAACCAAACUGCAACUAUGGUGGCUCUGUCUUGUUUGAAAGACCACGAUUUGACGAUCGAGGUCAACCAGAGGGCCAUACAGGAAAUAGGUGGUUUGGAAUUAUUGGUGAACUUACUGGAAACUAGAGAUUUAUGCUGCAUCUUAGGAGGGCUGGCUGUUCUCAGAGAUAUUACGCCGAAUAUGGAAAUAAGGAAGAAGGUCACUGAUUUAGGUGCAAUACCACUCCUGGUAGGACUGUUGUCAGAUCCGGCUAGAGAUGUGCAAAUUCUUGCAGCUGAGACCAUUGCCAAUUUAGGAAGAAUCCGUAAAAGUCGAAAGUUUUGUAGAAAAUUUGGCGGCUUGCCAAAAUUAAUAGACCUCUUGGAUAUUAGAGAAAGGUAUCUUGUGACAGCGAAAGAAGAAUUAAAUCAGGACGAAUUACAAUUUCUCGAUAUAGCAAGAGCUGGUGCGAAGGCGUUGUGGUCGAUGUCAUCAUCACAAAGAAAUCGAGAGGCGAUGAGGAAGUACGGCAUGAUACCCUUAAUCGCUCGAAUGCUCAAAACCAUUCACUUAGACGUUGCUGUACCUGCUGUUGGACUCUUACAAAUGUGCGCUAAUGAAACUUCCUUUCAACUAGCUAUACAGACCGAAAAGAUGGUGAAUGAUUUGAUAAAACACUUAGGGAAUGAGGACAAGGACUUGAAGACGUAUUGCAGUCUAGCAAUAUAUAAAUGUGCAAGUGAUGCUAUAACAAGAGAUAUGAUUCGUGAAGCCGGUGGCCUUGAGUUGUUAGUCGAAGCAGCACAAGAUUCCACAAACAGAGCGAACAAACCACUUAUGGCUGCGGUUACGGGAGCCUUAUGGAAAUGUGCCAAUAGUGACGCAAGUGUCAAGAAAUUGGACCACCUCGGAGCAGUACCCAUACUUGUCAGAUUACUAGAUGAUGAGAAUGAUGGAGUGCUUACAAAUGUUGCUGGGGCUUUAGCAGAAUGUGCUAAAUACCCUCCGAACCGCGAUAAAAUAAGGAACGCAGGUGGAAUACCCAUGUUAAUACACCACUUAAAUAAUACCCACAAGCCAUUAUUAGAAAAUGUGCCAUUAGUUCUGAUGGAGUGCGCUAAAGAACAUAAUUGUAUGAUGCAAAUCGACGAGUUAGACGGGGUGAGGCUUAUUUGGUCGCUGCUCAAGAACGAUUCAAAAAAGGUGCAAACAAACGCUGCGUUAGCUUUGAGUCCUUGUGUGCAAAACGCGUCUGAUUCCGGUGAAAUGGUCAGAUCUUUCGUCGGAGCCUUAGAGUUGACCGUUGACUUGCUAGAUUCAGACGACCAUAAUGUUUUAUCGGCUGUGUGUGCCGCAAUAGCAACUAUUGCCCGCGAUCACGAGAACCUGGCUGUAAUCUCUGACCACGGUGUCGUAGCGAAGCUGUCGAAACUCGUGAGUACAACGGACGACCAUCUGCGUGCCAACCUUGGCGUAGCGAUCGCGUAUUGUUGCGACUGGGCACAGAACCGUCAAGAAUUUGGUAAACGUGGAGCAAUCACGCCGUUGGUUAAUUACAUGACUUCAAGAGACCCGAACGUGCAUAGAGCGACGGCAUUGGCUUUGUAUCACCUGUCCUUCUAUUCGUUAAAUUGUGUGACAAUGCAUGCGGCGGGUGUAGUGCAGUUCCUUCUAGAAACUAUGGGUUCUAAAGAUCCAAUUUUGCAAGAGGCGUCUGCUGGCUGCCUUUGUAACAUUCGGAAACUGGCACUUGCGACUGAGAAAAUCAAGCUGAAGCAAUAG